AUGCCAUUGGGCUCAGAAUCGUUCAACUAUACCAAUACAAACUUCAACUGGUUUAAUCUUCUUCAUAUUCUUAUGUCGUUUUUCGGUAGUCUGUUAUCUGGUGGUGGCUGCUACUUUCUAUUUAAAUGCAUCCGAAACAAUUGGGAAUGCAAAAGCUCCUGGCGACAACCAAAAUUCAAUAAUUAUCAUCAACAGAAUAAGACAAAUGAAGUUCCAACUAACGAGAUAGCUAACGAGGUGAUUGAAAUGAUAGUUAUGAAAUAA